GCUGAUGUCAUCUGCCCACAUGAAGGCAACAAGUGACCAAUGAGAGAAAAGAAGGAUGAUGGUUAUGAUGAGGAAGUGCCACUUUAGUAAUUAGAGGAAGUAGUUACAAAAUUUGUCUUUAAGAAGCAGCUUGCUCAGAGACUUACAGGUAGAAGAAGCAGAGAGAGACAGAGAGGCACGAUGACUGAAUUCAGAUGGAUUAAAAUAUCUUUAUUUCUGUUGCUGAUGCUUCAGUUUACAGCAGCAGGACAGCUUUUCCGCUCCCUCACUUUUAGAGUUGGAGAUGAUGUCACUUUGUCUUGUGAAAAUGUGAUAGAUGAUCAGAAUAACUGUGACAGUACCGUCUGGCUCUUCAGUGAAUCAAGAAGCACACGGGCAGUAGUGCUGGUUUAUCUUGGGAAGACUGCUGAAGAAGCUAAAUCAGACAGACUGAGUGUUACAGCAAACUGUUCUCUGGUUAUAAAGAAGGUCACAGAUGAAGAUGUUGGACGUUACGGCUGCAGACAGUUCAGAUCAGCAAAACAACAAGGUCAAGAUGCUGUGGUUGAAUUGUCUGUUGUUACCAUGACUGAACAUAACAACGCUGAUGAGGUGACGUUAACCUGCUCUGUGAGGACAUAUGAACGAUGUACACACAAAGUGAAGUGGCAGGGUCAAGAUGUGGCUGAAGAUGAUCAACAUAUGAGGACCUCACAGUCUCCCUGCUCUGCCUCUGUGACCUUUCUGACUUCUUUCUACAUUUACACAUCAAGAUAUAAGUUAUUUAAAUGUGCAGUGACUGAUGGUGACAGAGUGCAGGUGUUUCCCUUCAGAUCUCAAUUCUCAGGUGAGAAACCAGGUGAGGACACAACAAUAGCAACAACAGAAUCAACAACAAAAACAACUGGAAACAGCAUAAAAGCAGACUUGUGGGUGUACAUCAUUGUGGCUGUGGCUUUAGCAGCACUCUUAAUACUCAUUGUGGCAAUCAUCGUAUGGAGGAGAACUAAAGGGAACAAAACACAGAUGAGUGACACUAUUGGGCUGACUUCAAACCCUGCAGUGACUCAGGCUGCUCCAGAACCCAGCCAGGGCACUGUGAGAUCACACACCCAGUACAAAGCUGAUCCUGAAGAUGGUGUUUCCUACGCCUCCGUCAGCUACACCAAGAAAACCAACAGUAAAGCCCAGGUUCGGAGUAAAUAUGAUGACGAUGACGAUGCAGUGACCUAUACCGCUGUGAAAGCUUCCUCUGCUGAUCCCAACAGCCUCUACGCUACCAUCAACUAAUCGAACAAAACAAACUCAUGUCAUCAGGUCUUUUCUAAUCUCCGUUAAUAUCUAUUUUCAAAUGAUCAUUUUCAGUGUGGAUCAUUGUAAAUAACGUCCUGUACAGAAAGAGAUGUAGUUAACUAGUGGUGCAAUGUUAAAAGGGAGGUAAUAACUCAACAUGUGGUUGCUUAAAAUGUAAAUGAGCAUAAUAUAUGACACAUUUUGCUUGAUGAACUAGCUGUCGUGCACUUUAUUGUGCUCAGUGCAUGGUCUUAUUUUAUAGUGUAUAGAAAUAUAUGGCAAUGUUUUUGUUUCAGUUACAUGUAUUUCCUAUAAUUAUUUUAUAUGCAAUAAUGUAUCCAUGUUGGGCAAUUUUAUGUGUUUUCUCAUGUUGUUUUUCUUUAUUUUCAUAUUUUCAUCUGUUAUUGUUUGAUAUGUAAUUAUCUGAACAUUUAUGUCUCAUUUUAUUAAAGUACUCAAAGUAAACUGAAA